AUGAGCAGUGGCCGAAUCCAUUACACUGAGAUGUAUGAAAUGCUGACUCUUAUGUCACCACCGCUAGGCCUCGGCAAGAGAUGUCCUUCCAAAGUGGCCUAUAAGAGACUGGUGCUGAUGAACAUGCCUGUGGCCGAGGACAUGACGGUCCAUUUUACCUCCACCUUGAUGGCACUGAUACGCACGGCCUUGGAUAUCAAAAUUGCCAAAGGUGGUGCAGAUUGGCAGCAGUUAGACUCCGAGCUUCAAAAGGAGAUCCUGACCAUUUGGCCUCACCUGUCCCAGAAGAUGCUUGACCUGUUGGUACCCAUGCCAAAAACCUCUGACCUGACUGUUGGCAAAAUAUAUGCAGCCAUGAUGAUCAUGGACUACUACAAGCAGAGCAAAGCAAAGAAGCAGCGGCAGCAGCUGGAGGAGCAGAAAAAUGCGCCCAUGUUCCAGCGCAUGGAGCCGUCCUCUUUGCCACAGGAAAUCAUCUCAAAUGCGAAGGCUCUGCCUUACCUCCAGCAGGACACGCUCUCGGGCCUGAGCAGCCGAAGCGGGUUCCCCUCGCUGAGCCCGCUCUCGCCGCAGGAGAUCUUCCAGCUGGCGUGCAUGGAUCCAGCCCACGGCCAGUUCCAGGAGCACCAGUCUCUG